AUGCCCUUCUUCUUCUCCUCUGGUGUUAUUUUUCUUACGAAUUUUCAAUAUUCCCCAUUACCAUCAUCUUCUUCUUCUUCUUCUUCUUCUUCUUAUUAUUAUUAUUAUUAUUAUUAUUAUAAUUAUUCAUUCCUUUUUGGUGUUAUUUUUCUUUUUCAUUUUCAAAAUCCUUCAUCCUCAUCUUCUCAUUCCUUCCUGGAGUUAUUUUUAUUCUUCAUUUGCAAUACGCCCUCAUCUGCUUUUUCUUCUUCUUCUUCUUCUUCUUGUUCUUAUUUUCUCUCUCUCUUUCUCUCUUUCUCUCUAAUCUUCUUCUUCUUCUUCUUCUUCUUCUUCUUCUUCUUCUUCUUCUUCUUCAUGCACGCAUUGAUAGAUAACCUGCUUCAAUAUUAUUGCAUUAUUUGCUUCCUGAUCUAUCUAUCUAUCUAUCUAUCUAUCUAUCUAUCUAUCUAUCUAUCUAUUCGGUUGGUGCAUAAUUAUCGGUCUUUUUUUAAACAAUAUUUAUUAUGA